AUUGUGAUGUUUUUGUUUACAGAAUUCAGUUUAAUAUAGAUAGAUAAAAGGAAGAAAAUGGUUUUUGGUGUAGCAAUGGUGAAGAAUACUUGUAGUGAAGAAAUUGUAACAAAAUUAUCAGUUGAUGAUGAAAAACAAGAGGAGGUAAUCAAUUUGUGCAUUUCUUCAAUUGGAAGUUCGAGGAAGAAGCUUCUUGUUCUUGAUAUUAAUGGACUUCUUGCUGACAUUGUUUCUCCACCUCCAAAGAAUGUUACUCGAGAUACAACCAUUUCGAGAAAAGCAGUAUUCAAGAGACCUUUUUAUCUUGAGUUUCUGAACUUCUGCUUUGAGAGAUUUGACGUGGCUGUGUGGUCUUCAAGAUUGAAAAAAACAGUAUGUAUGUGCUACAAUUAUUUGAUGGGAGACAUGAAACAAAAGUUGAUUUUCUGUUGGGAUUUGUCACAUUGUACUGAAACAUGUUUCAGAACACUUGAAAACAGACACAAACCACUUGUUUUUAAGGAUUUACGGAAAAUUUGGGACAAAUAUGAUCCUAAUCUUCCUUGGGAUAAGGGAUAUUACAAUGACUCAAACACAUUGCUUAAUCCGGGUGUACUUGUUUUGUCAGCUGCAGGAGGUAAUCUCCGACAAUAUCUGGAUGGAGUGGCAAAUGUUGAAAAUAUGGUGAAGUAUGUAGAAUAG